AUGGCUGUCAAAGGAGGCAAAAAUGAAGCAAGCCCCCAGGGAGAAGUAACAAUCGUUUUCAUGAAUCCUGACCAAGAGAGCUUCUGCACAAAAGAUCACUGCAAUCAGAUGGCUAUAAGCAUAUACAAUUCUGUCUCAUUGUUAAAGGACAUUUUGGUUAUUGGUCUGAUCGACCGCAACUGGUCAUGGGGGCAGGAGGGGUGCAUAAUGGGACCCUACCCUUUGGUGCCUCUAUCCAUUUUCAUGUGA